AUGCUUUCACUUUCACUUCGGGCAUCCUGUCACUGAGUCACGCAGCGUGUGGAGUAGUGGUACGGACAGACAGGCGGACAGACAAAGAAAGUAAAACAGACGGACGGCUUUGAAGAGACAUAAGAACACAUUUAAACACUGCGCCAUGGCAUUUAAGUACCCGGCAGCUCGGAGAGAUGAGAGUAAGGUAGAUGACUACAAUGGGGUUAAGAUAUAUGACCCUUAUGCCUGGUUGGAAGAUCCUGACAGUGACGAAACAAAGGCCUUUGUGGAGGAGCAGAAUAAGCUGACCAUGCCAUUCCUGGAGCAGUGUGCGGUCAGGCCUCAGUUUCACCAGCGGCUAACUGAGCUCUAUGACUACCCCAAAUACAGCUGCCCCUACAAGAGAGGAAACAGGUAUUUCUACUUCCAUAACCAGGGCCUGCAGAACCAGGAUGCACUCUAUGUGCAGGACUCUCUGGAUGGACCAGCCACAGUCUUCUUUGACCCAAACACACUGUCUGAGGAUGGGACUGUAGCCUUGAAGAUGGGGCGCCUAUCGGAGGAGUGCGAGUACUUUGCGUACGGCCUGAGCUCCAGCGGCUCCGACUGGGUGACGGUGCACUUCCUGAAGGCUGAUGACCUCACGAAGCUGCCUGAUGUCCUGGACAGGGUGAAGUUCAGCUGCCUGGCCUGGACCCACGAUGCCCGCGGAGUGUUUUAUAACUGCUACCCCCGGCAGGACGGCAAGGCUGAUGGCACAGAGACUACAUCCAACCUCAACCAGAAACUCUACUACCAUGUGAUUGGCACCAACCAAUCAGAGGACAUCCUGGUGGCUGAGUUCCCUGACAAUCCAAAAUGGCACAGUGGAGUAACGGUGUCAGAUGACGGCAGGUAUGCAGUGCUGGACAUCACAGAGGGCUGUGAGCCAGUCAACCAGCUGUGGUACUGUGACCUGCAGAAGCUGCCCAAUGGCAUCACAGGCCUGCUGCCCUGGGUGAAGCUGGUGGCUAACUUUGAGGCGCAGUACUCCUACAUCACCAACGAGGGCAGUGUGUUCACCUUCCGCACCAACCUGGACGCCCCUCGUUACUGCCUGAUCAACAUUGACCUGGAGAAACCAGACAAGGACCACUGGAGGACCCUCCUACCCCAGCAUGACAAGGACGUCCUGGGCUCUGUGGCCUGUGUGAACCAGCACCACCUGCUGGUCAACUAUGUCCAUGACGUGAAGGACAUCCUGCAGUUGUAUGAGCUGUCAACUGGUGGUCUGGUCAGAGAUCUGCCUCUGGACGUGGGCACUGUGGUGGGUCUCAGCUGUAAGAAGAAACACUCUGACUUCUUCUACAAGUUCACCUCCUUCACCACGCCAGGUGUGAUCUACCACUGUGACCUGAGCCAGGCGUCUCCAGAACCCACCGUGUUCAGACAGGUGGAGGUGAAGGGUAUUCAACAGGAGGACUAUGAGACCAAUCAGGUGUUUUACCCCAGUAAGGAUGGAACUAAAAUCCCCAUGUUCCUGGUACACGCCCGUGGUCUAAAGAAGGACGGAUCACAUCCUGUCUUCCUGUACGGAUACGGAGGUUUUGAGAACUCCAUCCAACCAUACUACAAUGUUCCGUACCUGCUGUUUGUCAGACACCUGGGGGGAAUCCUGGCUGUAGCCAACAUCAGAGGAGGAGGGGAGUACGGACAGACCUGGCACAAAGGUGGUACCCUGGGGAACAAGAUGAAUUGCUUUGAUGACUUCCAGUGUGCAGCAGAGUAUCUGAUCCAAGAGAACUACACCACAGCCAGCCGCAUAGCCAUCAACGGAGCCUCCAAUGGGGGACUGCUCGUGGCGGCAUGUGUGAACCAACGUCCGGACCUGUUCGGCUGUGCUGUGGCUGAAGUUGGGGUGAUGGACAUGCUCAAGUUCCACAAGUUUACCAUCGGCCACGCCUGGACCACUGACUACGGCUGCGCAGACCACCCUGAGCAGUUCAAAUGGCUCAUUGAGUACUCCCCUCUUCACAACCUCCCCCCCAACCCUCACACUGGCGCUGCCUACCCUGCCAUGCUCCUACUGACUGCCGACCAUGACGACCGGGUGGUGCCCCUUCACACCCUGAAAUACUGUGCCACACUGCAGCACGGUGUGGGCAGCAGCCCCGGGCAGCGCCAGCCUCUCAUGGUCAGGGUGGACACCCGCAGCGGUCACGGAGCGGGCAAGCCUACUGCUAAGGCCAUCCUGGAGGAUACUCACAUCUUCUCCUUCAUCGCCCAGACACUGGGGCUGAGCUGGAGAGAGUGAGGGAGGGAGGGGAGGCAUGGAGGAGAAAAGGGGAGGGAAAAGGUGGGAUGAGACAAGAGUAACUUGCACUGGGAAAACAGGUGGUGUUUGACAAACUGAUACUGUACACUAUAAAACCCCACAGUGGAUGUGUCAUAAUACCCAUCAAAUCUAACAGUCAAACAGGGAAAUGGUUCCAAUUGUUUUUCCACCAUUCAUUUUAGAAACACUUCAAAUAAGGGCUGUGUUUUGUGUAGGCCUACCCUGCUGUGAUGUUUUGAUAACUUAUCAAUAUAUUCACUUUAUUUUGUAUAAAUAAAAUGUUAUUUCUACAA